AAAAAAAAAAAAAAAACAAUUUGUUAAACAAGAAGCAGAAGUUGAAAGGACAAAGGAGUGACGAUGGCCGCUUCUUGUUCAAGUAUUGUUUAUGGCGUUCAACCCAUCUUAAAUCACCCUCGAACCCGCUUCAAAACCCCAAAUCUUUCAAUUACCCAUUUUCAAUCUCUUUCCUCCAAUUUUAGUUUUGAUUCAUCCUCUAAAUUUCUAUUGCCAAAGCUCCAAAUUAGCGGGCUAAGAAGGCGGAAUUCUAAUGCUGUGCCCAUCAUCUUCAAUGCUCAAUCUAAAAUCUUCCAAGCCAUUCAGACAGUUUUUAAAGUCGGCAAAGAUGGAGUUGAGGCAGGAACCAAUCUUGUGCCAGAUGCUGUUCCAAGGCCAGUUGCAAGAUUGUCUGUAACUGUAGUUGCUGCUGCUGUUUCUCUUUUUGUGCUUCGGUCGUUCGUGUCUACAGUUUUCUUUGCAUUGGGUUUCAUGGGCUUUGUGUAUUUCAUUUAUCUUGCCUUCAACAAGGACAAAGGACCUAGAAUGGACGACAAGCCUGGUUCAACAGACGAAGCUAUAGAAGAAGCUAAAAAGAUCAUGGAUAAAUACAAAUAGGCUGCAAGCUUGACAGUACUUCACGUGUAUUGUGCUAUUAAUUUUUCAAACAUAAUGUAGUAUGUUUGAAUGUUGCAACUUUUAUAGAAAUUAAAUUCACAAGAAUAUGUAGAUCCAAAAUGUCUAGUUGAAGCAUGGAAAAUGACCAAGGGUCCAACCGCUGGGUAAAUUCUUGAUAAUUUUUAGAUUGGUGUAUCACUACUCAUUUUGUGGGCAUCACACUUUGAAUGAAAUUUCUUUAACGGAAGCAAAUUGCCUUCCCCAUUCCA